UUAAAAUGAAUUGAUGAAAAAAGAUUACAAAAUGUCCUGGAUGAAUAGUAUCCUCUGGGAAUCAAACAAAUCCAAACCAAACAGGAAAAAAAGCCUCUUUUACCCUGAAAGUCCCAGUCUUAGUAGAACAUUUCCCCUAAUUCCACAGACCCGCCCACUCAUACCUAAUAUAGACAAGGCAACAGAAGGGUUGUCUGAGGAAAAAUUAGAAGAAUAUCGAGAUAUUUUCUCUUUCUUUGACAGGGAUGGAGGUGGGACGAUUACUACAGUAGAGCUGGGCCAGGUGAUGCGGACAUUUGGCUGGACACCUACAGAAGGAGAGCUUCAAGAGCUGAUUAAUGAGAUAGAUCAGGAUGGGAAUGGAUGUAUCAGCUUUAAUGAAUUUGUGUGGCUGAUGACUAGGGAAAUCCAUGAUACUGAUAUAGAAGAAGAAAUACGUGAGGCAUUUCGUGUUUUUGAUAGAGAAGGUCACGGAUUCAUAACUGCUCUAGCUUUUUUGUAG